UUAAAGCUCCACAUUGUUUCCCUUUCGCUCUCUGAUCUUCUCUCUCUCUAUAUAUAUCUCUCUCGUCAGAAUGCCGGCCGUGGGAGGAAUUGGCCCCGGAGGGGGCAAGGAGUAUCCCGGAAACCUAACUCCUUUCGUGACAGUAACAUGCAUAGUUGCAGCUAUGGGAGGCUUGAUCUUCGGUUACGAUAUAGGAAUCUCCGGUGGAGUGACUUCAAUGGAUCCGUUCUUGAAGAAGUUCUUCAUGUCGGUGUACCGCAAGAAGCACAACGACAAGACCACCAACGAGUACUGCCAAUACGACAGCCAGACGCUUACCAUGUUCACCUCCUCCCUCUAUCUGGCGGCGCUGCUUUCCUCCCUGGUGGCUUCCACCAUCACCAGGAGGUUCGGCCGGAAACUCUCCAUGCUCUUCGGCGGCCUCCUCUUUCUUAUCGGUGCUCUCAUUAAUGGCUUCGCCCAAGCCAUUUGGAUGUUGAUCGUUGGUCGGAUCUUGCUCGGUUUCGGUAUCGGUUUCGCCAAUCAGUCUGUGCCACUGUACUUGUCGGAGAUGGCUCCAUAUAAAUACAGAGGAGCUUUGAAUAUUGGGUUUCAAUUGUCCAUCACAGUUGGGAUUUUAGUGGCGAAUGUGCUCAACUACUUUUUCGCAAAGAUCAAAGGUGGAUGGGGAUGGAGGCUUAGUUUAGGUGGUGCAAUGGUCCCUGCUCUCAUCAUCACAAUCGGAUCAUUGGUCCUUCCAGACACACCAAACUCCAUGAUCGAGCGUGGAGAGCACGAAAAGGCCAGACAACAACUGAGGAAGGUUCGUGGCGUAGAAGACAUUGAUGAAGAGUUCAACGAUCUUAUUGCCGCAAGUGAGGAAUCGAAGAAGGUGGAACACCCUUGGAGGAACCUGCUGCAGCGCAAGUACAGGCCUCACCUCACCAUGGCAAUCAUGAUUCCAUUCUUCCAGCAAUUCACGGGCAUUAAUGUCAUCAUGUUUUAUGCGCCUGUGUUGUUCGGCUCCAUUGGCUUUAAGGACGACUCUGCUCUCAUGUCAGCCGUCAUAACCGGCGUCGUAAAUGUGGCUGCUACAGUUGUCUCUAUCUAUGGGGUUGACAAGUGGGGUAGGAGAGCCCUUUUUCUAGAAGGUGGAGCCCAAAUGAUCAUAUGUCAGGCCGUAGUAGCUGCUGCUAUUGGAGCCAAGUUCGGAAUUGAUGGAAACCCCGGUGAUUUGCCAAAGUGGUAUGCUAUUGUGGUGGUGAUGUUUAUUUGCAUCUAUGUAGCCGGAUUUGCAUGGUCAUGGGGUCCUCUUGGGUGGUUAGUGCCCAGUGAAAUCUUCCCAUUAGAAAUUCGUUCAGCCGCUCAAAGUAUCAACGUGUCUGUCAACAUGCUCUUCACUUUUUUCGUGGCGCAAAUAUUCUUGACCAUGCUUUGCCACAUGAAAUUUGGCUUGUUCAUCUUCUUUGGAUUCUUUGUUGUCAUAAUGACCAUCUUCAUCUACUUCUUCCUCCCUGAAACUAAGGGUAUCCCAAUUGAAGAGAUGGGCAAGGUUUGGAAGGCACACCCAUACUGGUCUAAAUUCGUUGAGAAUGAUGAUUAUGGCCAUGGAGUUGAAUUGAAUAAGGGAGCUGUCAAGAAUGUGUAAUUACACUAAGCAUUUUAUCUUUUCUGUUUCUAGUGGCUAGUCUUUAUUUUUAUUUUUUUUCCUGGUUAAAAAUUAAAUGAUAAUCAGUUUCAAUUUCAAUGUCAAUGUAUGUAUUUCCCUCUCAAAUGAACAAAGUCCAAGUUUACUCA